CUUCGCUGCCCACCAUGCCUCGUAUGCCUAUGCACGCUUCUCCGCGGCUGCCGUCGACUCCAUCACUUGCUCACGGCCCCCCGUGAGAGGCCCAGUCUGGUUUGGGCGUUGCCGUCCCUCCGCAGUCCGCUACCAUGUCCAGCGCCGCAGCCAUGGGCUUUGCUGCGAGCUCCGCCAGUAGCAGCGUGUCGUCCACGAUUGCUAGUGCAGCAGACGCCUUGCAGACAGCUGCAGUCAAGGGUGCCGAGAGCCCAACGCCCUCUUCGACCUUUGGCCUGCUCGCGCGCGUUAUCCUCCGCAUCCUGAGGGUGCUGCCGGGCGCCUUGUACUGGAUCAUCACCUUUACCACCAUCACCUUGCCAACAUGGCUGUUCACGCUAUUCUCUAUGAGCCUGACAUUCACUAUGAACUUCACUACUUUAAUGCUCAUAGCUGUCCUCGUCGUGUCCACCGUAAGCUACCUGGUCAGAUACCGUUUCAUGACCAUGUACACGAGGCUGCCGCCUGAACCACAACGUGACGAGCCCCAAGUCGAAGUGUUCCCUGACACUCAAGAAGGCGACUCUAAGAGAGGGCUGUCCAAUUACUUGGACGAGUUCCUCAGCGCCAUCAAAGUCUUUGGCUACCUGGAGCGACCCGUGUUCCACGAACUCACGCGGACAAUGCAGACCAGGAAACUGAUUGCAGGCGAGACCAUUCUGCUGGAGGAAGAGAAGGGCUUCUGUCUGGUGGUGGAUGGACUGGUCCAGAUCUUUGUCAAAUCGAAUCGAGACAGUGCAGAUUCAGACGAUGACGAGGACAUGCCAAGUGGAGCACACAGAGAUCGGCAAGGCUAUCAGCUUCUCACCGAAGUCAAGAACGGCGCACCCAUGUCCUCGCUCUUCUCCAUAUUGUCUCUGUUCACUGAAGAUGUCAAAUUACGCCACGAAGAUUCGGAAGACGGUGUUGAUUCGAGCGUUCCAGCAACGCCGCUCGAGAGGCCAGUGCGUACUUCCCUCUCUAGAAACAGCAGUUUUGCAUUCGACGAUUCGCGACCCCAUACUCCGGCAGAUUUGCCAGGGACGCCUCCAGGCGGGCUGGGUCACCGCAGAGCUUCGAGUAUAGCAAGCCCCACCGCUAGCGGCCGUCUUCAAAGUGUUCCUCCAUUCUCAUUAGACCCCAGCGCUGCCAAUGGGCAUGCUCACGAUAGCAGAAAAGACAAGCAAUCGUCUCAUUCCCGCUCCAAGUCAAAGGCCAAAUCGGCUCAUCCUGAUAUCGUUGCAAGAGCGAAAGAGGAUACUACUAUUGCAAUCAUCCCCGCAACAGCAUUCCGUCGCCUGACCCGCGUCUAUCCGAAAGCAACAGCGCACAUUGUGCAGGUGAUUUUGACUCGGUUGCAGCGAGUUACGCUCGCAACUGGUCACGCGUACUUGGGCCUGACGAGCGAGGUUCUACGCACUGAGAAACUAAUGAAUACUUACACUACGUAUGACUUGCCUGGCUUCUUGCGCGAUUCGGCUUUACAGAGAUUGAAGGACAGGUUUGCCAAAGAGACAGAACGCACUGGACCAGAAGAAGAAAUGAAAGGGAUAGCACUCCACAAUCCUGGUGCCGGUCGACGACGAAGAUCAAAUUCAGCUUUUAGGAAGGGUACAGCUGGGCAUGCUCGACUCGCCGCGAUUCGCGGAUCGUCUGUAGACAUCAGUGCCGAAAACCUUCCCAGAACGGCACAGUCCGCCGAGUCUGCUGGUGGCCCGGAUAGGGUCAGUGCGGGCGACCUGCUAACAAAUUCUCAUAUCCCCCGUGGUACUGGGAGAACCGGGCGAUACAGCUUCUCGCAGCCGGUACACCAGGAUCGGCGGGAUGCAAAAACCCCGCUCGACGCAGGUUCUUUCAAUCCUUUCGCUUCACCAUUAGCCAGGCCAGCUGUGCUGCAUCGCCAAGAAUCCAUUGACGAAGCUACUGUGUUUAGAGAGUCUGUGCUUGAUUGCAUGUUCAAAGCGAUCGGAUUGACUGACCUCGACAACCCCAUACCAAAAUCUACGUCGGUCGAACAGUCACCACGUCUUGUAUCUUUCGAUGCGAAGCGACAGAAAGCCGUCUUUAGUAACGCAUUUGGUUUCAUCGACCCGUAUGAAGCGUCUCGUGAUGGUGAUACUGAGUCGAUGGUCUCGGCCUCUGGACAGUCUACCAUGAGCGUCACGGGCCACAAUCUUCUAGAAGAGAUUGUCAAUGACGUUGAAAUCGUGUACUUUCCCAAAGGUGCUGUGCUCGUGGAACAGGGUGAGAGGAAUCCAGGUCUCUACUAUGUCAUCGACGGAUUUCUUGAUGUCAGCGUCCCCAUCGGGGAAGACCACCAGGAACCAAACAUACUUGGCACUCUCCCUUCGGCUCCGGGAACAACUGAGGCUGAACUCUUUGGAGGACCGACACUCAAACGGUCGACAAACACCGCUUCGUCGUCUUACUUGAACCUUCCUGAACAAGGAAAGAGGAAGAAGUCAAGAAAAUCUCUUUUCCUCACUAAACCAGGUGGCCUCGCGGGCUAUCUCGGGACUGUCUCCUCUUACAGAUCCUUUGUGGAUGUCACAGCAAAGACGGAUGUCUACGUUGGAUUCUUGCCCCGAGCAUCCAUUGAGCGAAUUGUCGAUCGGUACCCGGUAGUCUUGUUGACUAUGGCUAAGCGAUUAACGACUCUGCUUCCCAGACUGAUCUUACACAUCGACUUUGCUUUGGAGUGGGUCCAAGUGAACUCUGGCCAAGUGAUCUAUAAUCAAGGAGACGAAAGCGACGCCAUCUAUAUUGUCCUCAAUGGCCGUCUUCGAGCGAUCCAGGAUGGCGCAAACAACAACAUGAAGGUCAUCGGCGAAUAUGGACAAGGCGACAGUGUUGGAGAGCUCGAGGUGCUUACCGAGUCGACACGCCCCGGGUCUCUGCACGCUAUACGCGAUACGGAAGUGGCGAAAUUCCCCAAGACGCUGUUCAACAGUCUCGCUUUAGAGCACCCUGGAAUCACCAUCAAGAUAUCCAAGAUCAUCGCUUCUCGUAUGCGAUCAUUGAUGGAGGACCCUCUGCAUGAGCAAAGCAAAGAGCUUCGUUCGACGGCUACUCGGAGCAAGGUCUCAUCAACAGUCAAUCUUCGCACGGUCACUAUACUCCCCGUGACAGCUGGAGUUCCGGUAGUGGAAUUUGCCAGCCGGCUGAUGACAGCUCUGAAUCAAAUUGGCACUCCAAAUGGAGUAGUGUCACUCAAUCAGGCUGCUAUUCUGAAUCACCUGGGUCGCCAUGCUUUCAAUCGCAUGGGCAAAUUGAAGGUGUCACAAUACCUGGCUGACUUGGAAGAGAAGUAUGGUUUAGUCCUAUACGUCGCAGACACGCCAGUGAAAUCUCCGUGGACGCAGACAUGCAUAAGCCAGGCUGAUUGCAUCCUGUUGGUUGGCCUAGCAGAGGGUUCUCCUACCAUCGGAGAGUACGAGCGCUUUCUCCUCACGACCAAGACCACUGCCCGGAAGGAACUCGUCUUGCUACAUUCCGAGAGGUACUGUCCUUCAGGGCUUACGCGGAAGUGGCUUCGCAACCGUCCGUGGGUGAACGGCAGUCAUCACCACGUGCAGAUGCCUUUCCGUACAAAUGCUGAGCCAGUAAACCCUAUCGGCCGUCGGUUUGGCACUGCUCUGAAGCAUCGCGUACAAGUGCUACAGGCAGAGAUCCAGAAAUACACAUCGCGAAGGGUUCGUCAGACGCCACUCUACUCGGCGGAUACCCCGUUCAAGGGCGAUUUCCAUCGUCUGGCGAGGAGAUUAUGCGGCAAGUCUGUGGGGCUAGUUCUGGGCGGAGGUGGUGCGCGAGGCAUAUCACAAAUUGGCAUCAUCCGCGCGCUUGAAGAAGCCGGCAUACCUAUUGACAUUGUGGGUGGAACGUCCAUCGGGGCCUUCAUCGGGGCCUUGUACGCUUGGGAUGCCGACGUCGUUCCAAUGUAUGGGAGGGCCAAGAAGUUCGCUAGUCGUAUGGGCAGCAUGUGGAGGUUUGCUCUGGACCUCACGUAUCCAUCUGCAUCGUACACGACCGGACACGAAUUCAACCGUGGCAUUUUCAAGACCUUUGGUAACUCGCAGAUCGAAGACUUCUGGCUGGAGUAUUACUGCAACACAACCAACAUCAGCAAAAGUCGCUCUGAAGUACACACCAGUGGCUACGUUUGGCGCUACGUGCGGGCGUCCAUGUCUCUAGCAGGGCUUCUCCCACCACUUUGCGACAACGACAACAUGCUGCUCGAUGGCGGGUAUAUUGACAACUUGACGGUCACGCACAUGAAGUCCUUGGGAGCAGAUGUCAUCUUCGCGGUCGACGUCGGCUCUCUCGAUGAGGACACGCCCCAGUCUUUCGGCGACUCGCUAUCUGGUUUCUGGGCGUUGGUUAACCGCUGGAAUCCCUUCAGCUCCUACCCCAAUCCACCCACGCUAUCCGAGAUCCAAUCGCGCCUCGCCUACGUAUCUUCUUACGAUGCCUUGGAGAGGGCGAAGAAUACGCCUGGUUGCAGGUACAUGCGACCGCCAAUCGACCCCUACGGCACGCUGGACUUUGCGAAGUUCGACGAGAUAUACCAGGUCGGAUACCGGUACGGGAAGGAGUAUUUGGCUGGGUUGAGGGAGAAGGGCGUGCUGCCCGUCAGCGAGGAGACAGAAAAGGAGAAGAAUCUGAGGAGGACCAUGGCGCCCAGAAGGGCGAGUAUCUAGUCACACCUUGUGAAUGUGUACACGUUACCUCUUUUUGCUUCAAUUCUAC